CUAUGGCCCGCAUCAUCGACUUAGUGCCCUGGGACGAUGGCUCCACCCAUGUUUAUACUUCCCCGGCCAUCCUGAUCCCGCUAGAGCGUGUGCGCAAUCCACUGGCCGGCGUGAAGCACCAGCUGUACCACCCGUUCCUGCCCACUCUGCGGCGCAUGGACAUGGACACGGUCAAGGGCUGUCUCUCAGAUGAGCACUCCCAGUCUUCCACCUACUGCCAAAAAGAUGAGUUUGACAAGGCCCACUUCACACUCCUGGGAGUCCCCAACAAACCCUUGCAAUGCUUGGACUUGACAGGGGCCGGCCGGAAGCUCUGCCAAAGGUACCGCGAGGGAAAGCUGGUGCCCAUCGCGCCAGGUAUGAAUCGGGUAGACUGGCCCUGCUUCACGCGUGCCAUCGAGGACUGGUCCCACUUGGUGUCCACGGCCGGCGAGUUCAAGCUGCCUUGUGCAAACAAGAGGGUUGAGAGUUUCAGAGGCUACGCAGUGCGGUACCUGAGGCCGGAAGUGACCCAGAACUGGAGGUACUGCCUUAACCAGAACCCCAGCCUAGACCGCUUCGGACAGAAGCCCCUGCCUUUCGACUCGCUGAAUGUGUUCCGGCACUUUGGCUCCCACUACAGUCAUAUCAACUAUCUGACUCCCUGGCAUUAAUCUGUGAAAAGGAGGCUGAUCCCCCUCUGGCUGUCCCUAGCAGGACAGAGGGCCUAUGGUGGCACCACUCAUCUCCCCGGGAGUUCAGUUCAAGAAAUAAACCUAAUGCU